AUGAGCGCCUUUGUAACUCUCUCGACGGGGCAGAGGAUGCCUGUGGUCGGACUGGGCACAUGGAAGAGCUCUCCAGGACAGGUAGAAAUAUUAACCAGCACUCAGGAAUCAUUUGAUAAGACAAGCAACAUUUCUGGAGAUGUUACGGUAUGAAUACUUUCUGUGUCUGACCCAUGUGUUGUCAGGUGAAACAGGCUGUGCUGGCAGCAUUAGACUGUGGGUACAGACAUAUUGACUGUGCUGCUGCAUACAGCAAUGAACAGGAGGUGGGAGAAGCUCUGAGUCUCAGAGUCGGUCCUGGAAAGGUGAGAGGCAGGCGGCUCAGAUUGAAUGAAACAUCUAUUUUAGUUUUGACAUUUGAGUUUAUCUUUAAAAAAGAGGUUGAAGAAAAUCCUAAGAUCAACAGACUUGCUUGUACUGAUGCAAGUACAUCAAUGGUUGUUUUAAGGAUCUUUUUAAACUUUUGUUAAAUGUUCAAACAGAUGUACAGUCUGAACAUCCUUUAUCCUUCCCCCCCUCCAGGCUCUGAGUCGUGAGGAGGUGUUUGUCACAUCCAAACUGUGGAACACCAAACAUGAGCCUGAGGAUGUGGAAGAAGCCUGCAGGACCAGCCUGGCCCACUUAGGUCUCUCAUACCUGGACCUGUACCUCAUGCACUGGCCCAUGGCUUUUCAGUGAGCAGCUGCACUCUCUAAGUUAUCCUCAAAUAAUGAUCAGUGGGUAAUAAAUAACAUGCAUCAUGAGUGUGUGUGGAUGUUCCAGGCGAGGGAAGGAGCUGAUGCCUCGGCGAGAAGAUGGUAGUAUCUGUUACUCGAAUACGCACUACAGAGACACCUGGGCAGCCAUGGAGAACCUGGUGGACAUGGGUCUUGUUAGAGCUAUAGGACUGUCCAACUUUAACGCCAGGCAGACUGAUGACAUUAAAAGCAUGGCCAGACACAAGCCUGUGGUCAACCAGGUACAAUUUGACUAAAUUUGCUUAUUUGGUGUCAGAAAUAGGUUUUAAAAAAAUGUCCAAUUGAAAUCCUUUCUGUACUGCAGGUGGAGUGUCAUCCUUACAUGUCUCAGGCAGACUUGCUGACUCACUGUCGGUCAGUUUAAAAGCAUUUUUACACAUUUUAAAACAGUCACUGUAUUCGGGGUCUUCCUUAUUCUUCAUCUUCACCUCCUCUUCAGCUCAGUGGGGGUUUGUGUGACGGCCUACAGCCCUCUGGGGAGUGGAGACAGACCCUGGGCCUCUCCUGGUGAACCAACUCUGCUGCAGGAUCCUCGACUUGGUGCCCUUGCCCAGAAAUAUGAGAAGACACCUGCCCAGGUUAUACUCAGGUGAGGCACAAAACCUUUGUCUAGCACAAGGUAAAUGUCAAAAAUCAGAGCCAAGGACCUCUAACCUCAAAACUUUGGUUUUCCUUUCGGCAGGUGGCACGUUCAGAGGGGUGUUGUUUGUAUCCCUAAAAGUGUAACACCUUCCAGGAUCCAGCAAAACCUGCAAGUGUUUGACUUUUCUCUGUUAGAGGAUGACAUAAAACUGAUCGAAACCUUCAAUAGAAACGAGCGCUUCAUCGUCCCAGCAGUCGAGGUGAGUCACUCAUUUUGUGACCUUUGCUUAUAAAGAGAUCAUACAACAGCCUCCCUGUCCAGACUGAGACUCACUGAUGACACCACAUGGUUGAGACAUCAGCCCACUUUAGUUCUCCAUAAAUCUCUGAUAUGCUCAUCGGUUAUUCACUCUUUAAGAACUGAACAGCAGGAAUCUAGGUCAAACCUCAUAUUUCAUAAACAAAUCCUGAAAUUCAGUUAUAAGCGUCCCAAUUUUUUUUUCUUACAGAGAGACGGCAAGAGAGUGUGGAGAGACGCUGAACAUCCUCAUUUCCCCUUCCAUGAUUCUUACUGA